AUGCCGACUUCUUCAUUCUACCUUAUUGCUUCUAAUUUGAUUGCUGAAUUUGAAAAAUCAAGUGAAAGAAAAUGCAAAGUUGUAGGAACAGUAAACCCAGAAAUUUUGAUAGGAAAACGAUAUAGGAGUUGCUGGCAUAAUGAGUUGGCACUUCCUAUCUACGAAGGCCCACAUGUCAUGGAUAACGUUGGAACUGGUAUCGUACAUACCUCAUUUGCCCACGGUUUCCAGGAUUAUGAUGUAGCUCUAUCAAAAAAAGAACGCGUUCAAAGUUUCGUUGAUGCUCGAGGCUGCUAUACUAGGCAUCUUGGUCACAAUCUUGAAGGGAAACCAGUACUAGGAGAAGGUCAAAAAGAAACGUUGCGAAUUCUCAAGAACGAUAUUGUUUACACAGCCAAACACAUUCAUUCUUAUCCUUACGACUGGAGAUCCAAGAAACCAGUAAUAAUUAGAAGCAGUGAGCAAUGGUUCAUUGAUGUAGAAGAAAUUGGAAAACGCGCUUCCAAGAUGAUCGAUAAAAUCAAAGUUUCUGCAGGCGACUCGGACCUUCGUGGAUCACUUAAACAGCUCAUUUCAACUAGAAAGAGUUGGUGUAUUUCGAGACAACGAGUGUGGGGAACACCGAUUCCUGCUUUGGUUGAUCCAAACGGAGGCUCGUAUACCUCAAGGAAACUGAUUGAAUGUGUGGCAAAUUUGACAAGAGAACGGGGUAACACGGAUGUAUGGUGGGAAAUUGAUGUGAAUGAUAUCCUUGACAACAAAGCGGUUCGAGAUUCAUUGGAUAUCCCACCUGAUGUUGUUUCCCAAUUGUCCAAAAACACGGACAUUAUGGAUGUUUGGUUGGAUUCAGGACUUGCUUGGCAUGCUGCUAAAGAAAACGAAUCCGAGAUGGAUCAUUUAACUGACGUAGUAUUAGAAGGUGUCGAUCAGUUUCGUGGAUGGUUUCAAUCCCUUCUGCUCACUUCGGUUGCCGUACAAAACAAACUUCCUUACAAACGAAUUAUUGUUCAUGGGUUUUGUAUCGAUGAGAAAAAUAAUAAAAUGUCAAAAUCGAUUGGAAAUGUUGUAGAUCCAACAAUGCUUACUGAUGGUUCUCUGAAGCAGAAAGCGAUUGGAGCAGAUGGUCUUCGAUUCUGGGUCGCUCUUUCCGGAUCUGAAAACGCCGGCGAAUCGAAAAUUGGUCCCUCUAUAAUAGAAGAUGUUGAUAAGAAAGUCACUGCGUUACGUAAUGGAUUCCGUUUCAUGAUUGGUGGUUGUCAAGGAUUUCAUGGGAACCAAAUCGAAUCUCAAUUGAAACCUCUCGAUCUUGAUAUGCUCGAAAAGUGUGAUAAUUUUGUGAGAAAGUCAAUCGAAAACUAUGAAGAUUUCAAGUUUCGAACUGUCGCCAAUGACUUGACACAGUUUAUGCAAAGAAACUUCAGUGCGAACUACGUGAAAUAUGUACGAGAUAGACUCUAUUGUGAUAAGUUAGGAAGCGAUUCUCAUAUUUCGGCACAAUUCACUCUUCAUCGACUGGCUCACAACUUGUCUCAUACAAUUUCUCCAAUUCUCCCUCAUCUAUCUGCGGAAGUCCUUCACCACCUUCCUGGCUGCCAUGAAAAGCGUAUUCUUCGCCAGAAAUUAGAAAAUCUUCAUUCAGGAGUGCUCAGCCCUGAUCCGAAACUCUCAACACUAAUGAAGAUUAUUAUCGAAGUUCGUAGUCUUCUUGAAGCUUCUGCAGGUCCCACAGUUGACACUUCCAAGAAGGGUUUGGCGUUGUACACAUCUCCAGAGUACUCGACAAUAUUGAGGGAUUAUUUUUCGGAACUCCCUGAACUUCUCAAUGUCUCACAAGUUAUACUGGAGGAAGUUCAAACAUCACUGUCUGUGAAGCUGCUCGAUAGUUCAUUGCGAUAUUGCGAACGAUGUCGAAAGCAUACAAGAAAUCCCGACGAUGCUUUGUGUGGAAGAUGUACGAAAGCGACACUUGCUUAG